AUGGAGAGAGCAGGGAUAGAGAUGAUUAUGGACACACAGGCUUGGUUGAGCAGUCUGACUUUGGGAUCAUCAUUAAUAGAUCAGAUAAAAGUUGCCCAAAACAGUGAUCCAGGCUUAGUGAAGAUCAAAGGAGAGGUACCAGAAGACAAAAGGCCUGAAUUUUCAAUAUCUGGGGAUGGCACUCUGAGGUUUAAAGGAAAAAUUUAUGUUCCGAAUGUUAAAGAGAUUAGAGAUGUGAUUUUGAAAAAGGCUCACCGCUCACUCUAUACAGUUCACCCUGGUAGCACUAAGAUGUAUAGAGAUUUGAAGCAACAGUUCUGGUGGAGUGGAUUUCCUAAGGCACCAGGGGGUCAGGAUGCGGCAUGGGUGAUUAUUGACAGAUUGUCAAAGUCAGCUCAUUUCAUUCCAGUUCAGAUGACGUAUUCUACAGAAAAAUUGGCAGAGUUGUAUGUACGCGAAAUUGUCAGGUUGCAUGGAAUCCCUUCAAAGAUUGUAUCAGACAGGGAUAUCGUUUCACUUCAGUGUUCUGGAGAAGUUUACCAAGAGAGCAUUCAGGCGGCCCCAUAUGAGGUUCUUUAUGGUCGUAAGUGUCGGUCACCCCUUUAUUGGGAUGAGGUUGGAGAACGUAGAAUCCUUGGGCAGGAAAUUAUUCAAAAUAUGCGUGAAAAGAUAGUUGUCAUUCGGAAAAGGCUCGCCAUUGCGCAAGAACAACAGAAAAGGUAUGCAGAUCAGAGGUGUCGAGAGCUACAAUUUGAGGUAGGAAGCAAAGUAUUCUUGAAAAUUGCGCCGAUGAAGGGAAUCAUGAGGUUCAGAAAGAAGGGCAAGUUGAGUUCGAGAUAUUUUGGACCCUUUGAUGUACUGGAGAGGAUUGGAGCUACAGCUUAUAGGUUGGCUCUUCCACCACGGUUGUCUGCGAUUCACGAUGUUUUUCACAUCUCCAUGCUUCGGGAGUAUAUACCAGAUCCGACACACAUUUUAGAAUACGAACCUCUCCAAGUUCGCGAGGAUCUCACCUACGAGGAGUUUCCAGUUGGGAUCCUUGCACAAAGGACUCAAGUCCUCUGUAAGAAGACCAUUUCGAUGGUCAAAGUACUUUGGAGUAACCAUACGGAAAAAGAGGCUACAUGGGAACUAGAGGAGGACAUGAAGCACAAGUACCCAUACUUGUUUGAUUGA